GAAUUAAAAAUUAACCAUAAAUUAACCAUAAAAUAUUAAGUGUCAGUAGUGUCACUCCCAGUCCCAAGUCCCAACAUUGAUAUAAAAUUAAAAUUUCUAGCGUUUUAUCCAAAUAUUAGCCACUAAAAUGAAUAGACUAUUCGGAAAAGGAAAGCCUAAAGAACCUGGACCAAGCAUUUCUGAUGCUAUAGCUGGAGUAGAUCAGCGAGCUGAAGGUGUAGAAAAGAAGAUCGCAACUCUAGAAAAUGAUUUACGAAGAUUUCGAGACCAAAUGUCCAAGAUGAGAGAAGGUCCAGGAAAAAAUGCAGUGAAAGCAAAAGCAAUCAGAAUACUAAAACAGAAAAAAAUGUAUGAGAACCAACUAGACAACUUGAGGGGCCAAUCAUUCAAUAUGGAACAAGCUAACAUGGCUCAUCAGACUCUGAAAGACACACAGAUAACUGUGGUUGCCAUGAAAGAUGGUGUAAAGCAAAUGAAAACAGAGUUCAAGAAGAUAAACUUGGAAGAUAUUGAUGACAUACAGGAUGAAUUGGCAGACAUGUUGGAACAAGCAGAUGAGGUUCAACAGGCUCUUGGAUCAACUUACAAUACCCCAGAUCUUGAUGAAGAUGACUUGGCUGCUGAAUUAGAUGCUCUAGGUGAAGAAAUAGGCCUUGAUGAUGAUCAGAGCUACUUGGAUGAUGUACUCAAAGCUCCUGAAGCACCUAGUACUAAACCAGAAGCUGGCCAAGAAAGAGUAAACAAGGAUGGAGUGCCACUGGAUGAGUUUGGAUUACCACAAUUAAACAAAUAACAAGGCAUUAAAUUUUGCAACAUCAUUCAAGCUUUUUUUGCCUCAGUUUCAGUCAUAAUAUUCUCAUCUGGUACAGUAAAAAGAAUAAAAAGGUUGUUAUUUGCAUAUCUUUAAGCAUGCUAAGUCUAAAUGAUAUGAAGAUUUUUUCUGUUAUUCAAAAAUUAUUAUUAAUGUAUUAUGGUUUGAAUUUGAAUAUUCACCUACUGGUAACCCUAAUGAGAUAUAUAUUUCUGGCACCUCUCAAGCUUUGUUGUCUUUUAUGUUACCCUCUUAGUAUGAGAGUUUAUAUAAUAUGGUAUUCUAUUUAUAUAUUUUUUUUUAAUAAUCUAAGAAAAAUCAUUGAACUAAAAACUAAAUGUAUCUCCAAUUUAGUUCAUCAUUUUAAUUAAAAAGGUAUUGAAAACAUC